AUGACUGCAUAUGAGACGGUUGGUCAACCUCAUUUGGCCAAACAAACUAUAGCUAAUAUGAAUCCAAGUCAAUUAUCGCCAUUGACACCUGAAGUAAUUAGUCGACAAGCAACAAUUAAUAUUGGUACGAUUGGUCAUGUCGCACAUGGUAAAUCAACAAUCGUAAAAUCUCUCUCUGGAGUAUCAACAGUUCGUUUUAAAAAAGAAAAAGAACAAAAUAUUACAAUGAAAUUAGGUUAUGCUAAUGUUAAAAUAUUCGAAUGUGACAAUGAGAAAUGUCCUCGACCAGAACGUUUUCGUUCAACUGGUUCAAGUAAAAAAGAUGUAUUUCCAUGUGAUCGAACUGGAUGUGGUGGUCAAUUUCGUCUUGUUCGACAUGUUUCAUUUGUUGAUUGUCCCGGUCACGAUGUUCUGAUGGCAACUAUGUUAAGUGGUGCCGCUGUUAUGGAUGCUGCUCUUUUAAUUAUUGCUGCUAAUGAAAUGUGUCCACAACCACAAACAUCUGAACAUUUAGCAGCUAUUGAUAUAAUGAAAUUAAAUUCAAUAUUGAUCUUACAAAAUAAAAUUGAUCUUGUUAAAAAAGUUCAAGCAGAAGAACAAUAUCAGCAGAUUAUAGAUUUUGUUAAAGGCACAAAUGCUGAAGGUGCUCCAAUUAUUCCAAUCAGUGCACAACUUAAACACAAUAUUGACGUUAUUUGUGAAUAUAUUACACGAAAAAUUCCAAUACCAAUACGUGAUUUCACAUCAAAACCAAGAUUGAUCAUUAUUCGUUCAUUUGAUGUGAAUAAACCCGGUGCCGAAGUUCACAAUCUGAAAGGUGGUGUAGCUGGUGGUAGCAUUCUAAAAGGUGUUUUUAAAGUUGGUCAAAAAAUUGAAGUUCGACCUGGUAUUGUAUCAAAAGAUAAUGAAGGUCGUCUUCAAUAUCGUCCACUUUUAUCAAAAAUUGUUUCACUUUACUCUGAACAGAACGAUCUUGCUUUUGCUGUACCUGGUGGACUUAUUGGUGUUGGUACACAAAUUGAUCCAACUCUAUGUCGUUCUGAUCGCCUUGUUGGUCAAGUACUUGGUGAAGUUGGAACAUUACCAGACAUUUAUUCACAAAUUCAAAUAACUUAUUUUCUUCUUCAACGUCUUGUUGGUGUAAGAACUGAAGGUGAUAGGAGAGGUGCAAGGGUUGCUAGAUUAACUAAACAUGAAAUAUUAAUGGUUAAUAUUGGAUCAUUUUGUACUGGUGGUCGUGUAGUAGAUGUACAAGGUGAAUUAGCUAAAAUUCAAUUGACUAAUCCAGUUUGUACCGAAGUAUCCGAAAAAAUAGCCUUAAGUCGUCGUGUUGGUCAAAGCUUUCGUUUAAUUGGUUGGGGUGAAAUACGACGUGGAACAAUAAUUAGACCACAAGCAGAAAUACAUGCAAUACCAACAGUUGCUGUCAAUUAA